CUAUUUGAUAUUUUUCAAUAAAUAGUAAAUUUGUAGCUGAAAUAUUAACUUCGUAUAUGCUUUUCAAAACGUUUUGUUUCUAAAUUUCAUCUUGUAUACAUGUAUUUAAUUACAGAACUUUCUCGAAAGCAAUUUGGGUGGUUUGUUAAAGAAAUACGGUAUAGAUCCGAGGAAAAUCAACACACAACUUGAAGAGUAUGCAAUGAAAUGUGUCGAAGUGACGUGGUAUCUUUGUGCCGAGGAUCCUCCUGUAUGUAUGGUAUUGGUAUUAGAUGAAGGAACACAACAGUUUGACGAAACUCUUUACGAACCCAGUACAAAGAGGGGUGCCAUGAUAGAUUAUGUUCUUUGGCCAGCUCUUAAACAUUCUGAAAAUGGGUCCGUGUUAGCCAAAGGAAACGUCGAGUGCAAAAAUUAAACAGUAUGAAGCAUUAUAGUACUAGAUUUAAAGAAAGAAUAUUGUGAAAUACAUAGAAAGAAAUACUGAAAAUUAAAUACCGAUAUAAACUAUAUAAUCAACAUUUAUCAAAUCAUAAAGACAUAAAACAAUACUUUUGGCGGUGUUCAAUUGUCAGUAAACUUCUUUUCUUUCUAUAAACCAACCGGAUAAUUAAAAUAAACUUGCCGUUGAGUUCACGUGAGCUUUCAUUUUAUGUUUUAAAGAUCCUGUAACAUAUUUUCUUAUGGCUUUAUAUGAUAAAUAUAAUGCUAAAAUGAAAAUGUAUCAAUAUUGUAAGUUCUUAAAAGCAUUAUUUGUAAAGAUAUUACCGAGUUUAAAUUUCAUGUUAACAAAGGGAGGUAAUUAGAAAUUUAUUUUCUAUAAAAUUUAAGUCAAAUUUUUCAAAAAGAAAUGAAUGCAUAUGUUUUAAUAACUACAUAUAAUGUUUUUACAAAUAUUUGCAGUACAUAUUUUACAUAUUCUUGGAUGUUUGAAAAUUGUUUUAGAAGCAUUUUUAUAUACAUAUAUAAAAUUUCACUUAAGUGUGGUAACAACCUUAAUUACAACAUACAGGAUCUUUAAGGAUAUUGUCAUAGAUUCAUGAAACUAAAUUUUGUUUGUUCAUGAUUAUUCCCAUACUUACUAAAAUAUCUACAUCUGUAUUCAAUGACCAACAUACGCCGUUCAGAAUAAUAUCCUAGUAAGAUUUUGGUUUAUGGACAAGACCGUAAAACAAAUUAUAUAAAAGACACAUUUUCUUAUUAUGGUAUGAACAUUUGGAACAAUAUACCUUUAAAUAUUCGUAAUGUUGAUAACCUUAAAUGUUUUAAAAGAAAAAUGCAAAAAAGCAAAACAUAUCUUGAUGUUCGUAUGAAUGAAUGAAUGAAUGAAUGAAUGAAUGAAUGAAUGAAUGAAUGAAUGAAUGAAUGAAUGAAUGAAUGAAUGAAUGAAUGAAUGAAUGAAUGAAUGAAUGAAUGAAUGAAUUACAUAUUGUACAUUCAUUUUUUUACCUAUGCAUAUUGUUGUUGUUGUUUUUUCUAUUCAGAAGGCCACAUUGAAAAUAAGAUAUAUAUACAUUGUAAUUGCUAUUGUAUAUUCUUAAUGUGUAACCUACUUUAAAUAAAGAUAUUAUUAUUAUUAUUAUUAUUAUUAUUAUUAUUAUUAUAAUUAUUAUUAUUAUUAUUAUUAUUAUUAUUAUUAUUAUUAUUAUUGUAUUAAAGAACUAUUGUAUCGAGAAAAAAUAGCAAAUACACAACGACUUUUUCAUAAUUGUGUAUGCUUAGUGCUUUAUUAACCACUAAAUUGGCAGAUAAUUUAAUCUGCUGUCAAAUUACAUUGUAGUUAAUUAAAAAGUGGUCUUAUUUCAAAACAGUUUUGUGUUAUUGUCUUUAAAAAUUCGCUUUCUAUUGUUUAAUGCACUGCAUUGUUAUAUUACAUUGUUAUUACAGUAGCAAAUUAUAGAUUUCUAAAUCAAUACAUUUAUGAAAUGAUAUACUAUGUGUGUAAAUAAAUACAUUGCGAAAUCGCAAUUCAGAAAAUGUGUUUUACUUAAUAAUUAAAUACGUAGAAAGAUAAUGUUAAGUGUGUAUGCGGUAAUAAAUUUGUCAUGGAAAGUAAGACAAGAACGGAGCUAUUACUAACGAUGCUGAUGGAAAAUCGGACGACAGAGGCUAGGCGACUAAUGGGCCAUACAGAAUAUGAGCUAAGCAUGUUGCCGUCAAAUUUAAAUCGCGCUCAAAAAAGUGUUGUGAAAGAAAUAAAUGAAAUAAUUGCGCGUUUAAACGAAGGAUAUGACGGCUCGGCUAUCACAAAGGCGAAACCAGCCCUAGCGAAAUUCAUAGAGUACCGAUUGAACGGGUUCAUUAAGAGUUUUCUAUACAAGGAUUUCUCGAGAUACUAUGAUCCAUUAUCAGGGCAAGGUGAUUCUUAUGUGGAUAUCCCAACACAAACAACGACGCGUCGAAGAGUUCAAGGGUGGCAAAACAUCAUGUCCGACUUUUCUCAAAAGAAAGCAAGCAGAAGAGAAACGAAGGAUUUAUGGACAAUAGACGGUAUUCUCGAAGCAGGAGAGGACGCUGACCUGGAAUGGGAAAGGUUUAAGUUACACGAAGAUAAAGAUAAAAAGGAAAGUAGGGAUUUUAAUACCCCUACGUAUAUCGCACAAACAUUUACAGACCUGUAUCAUAAUGAGUGGACUGAAGCCUUUAGAAAACUAAGCAAAAGAAAAAUAUACGAUAGGACAAUUAUUGAAUUGCUUUUGGCAAUAGUGCAGGGAGCAUAUGCAUUUUGUAAAAAAGAAGCAACACGGCAACUACAAGAUAUACAUUCAGCGUUCCUAGAUAUCCUUGAGUUUGGUUCACGUACUGAUCAUUAUAGGGAAACGUCUGCAGACUCAAGUUUGCUAACAAAAUACCGAAAGGAUAUGGCAGCCACAGCUUUGCCUAAGCUAAUCAAGGAAUUUUACGAGAAGUCUUUUAAAGAAAUAUGUGUAGCUUCGCUAGGUGUUGAACCUGAGAAAGAUGGUAUAGGUUCGUCAUUCGCAAGAAAAGCUGUUGAAGUGACAUGGUGGAUGUGUGUUCAAGACCCUCCGGUCUAUAUGGUUCCUACUAGUAAAGAGGGAUUCGAUCCAAAACUCUACAAUGCGUACAGUAAAACAUCAUCAAAUCAGCUGUUAUACUUUGUGUGGCCUGCAUUACGUUUUUCUCUUAACGGUGAAAUUUUACAGAAGGGUUUCGUACAAUAUAGAUGAUGAUGAUGAAAAUCCAUAUAUUCUUACCCUAAUGUAUAUCAUUUUGAUUUGGUUUAAACAUAUUUAUUUAAGCUCGAUUGCGAAUCAAGUUCUUGCAACUUAUAUUAAUCACUUUCGAGUCCGCUUCCUGGAACCAACCAGUACUGGUAUCAUAUGAAGAAAGAUGGACGUAACCCGAGUAGGGCUCGAACCCAUGAUUUCUGAGUUGAGAGACAGACACCUUAACCACUAGGCCACCGCUCCCCUUUAUCAUUUUGAUUAAACGGAUGCAGAGGAAAAACAACUACAACAAAACGAAAAAUUUAUAUUUUGAUAUUUCGAUGACGCACGGUUCCAUUGCAUUGAUUAAAAAUUCAACGACGUUUUUAUUUAAUAUAAGAUCCACAGUCCAAUAAUAAAUUAUGAACAUUUCAUUCAUAUUUCACAUUUUUUGCAAAAUGUUAUUUUUUAUUUAUUUAAUAUAUAUACCAAUGUUUCA